AUGGAACAAUUAACUACAAAAUUAUUUUUAUUUUUCCUCACACUUUAUCUUUCAUCCUCACUAGUGAUAUCAACAACGUUCAUAUUUGUUAACAAAUGCAACUACACAGUGUGGCCGGGACUUCUUUCCAACGCCGGAAUCGCGCCAAUUUCAACCACCGGUUUCGUUCUCGAAUCCGGAGAUUCUAAAUCAAUUACUCCACCCGCUUCCUGGGGAGGCCGUUUCUGGGGACGCACACUCUGCUCCCAAGACUCCACCGGAAAAUUCACCUGCCUCACCGGCGAUUGUAACUCCGGUAAACUCGAAUGCUCCGGCAACGGAGCCACACCACCUGCUACCUUAGCGGAGUUCACUCUCGACGGAUCCGGUGGACUCGAUUUCUUCGAUGUCAGUUUAGUUGACGGUUACAACGUGCCUAUGUUGGUUGUUCCACAAGGUGGCUCCGGUGAUAACUGUACGAGUACUGGUUGCGUUGGGGAUUUACUCACCGCGUGUCCUUCAGAGCUUAGGGUUACGAGCGUGGACGGGAAAGAAAACGUGGCGUGUAAAAGUGCGUGUGAGGCGUUUGGAUCGGCGCAGUAUUGUUGCAGCGGCGCGUUUGGUUCGCCUAACACUUGCAAGCCUUCGAGUUAUUCUCAGAUGUUUAAGAACGCUUGCCCACGCGCGUAUAGCUACGCGUAUGAUGAUAAGACUAGCACGUUUACAUGUGCUUCUGCUUCUGAAUACAUAAUCACGUUUUGCCCUUCCAAUAAUAACAAGUACCCCAGUCAGAAAUCGUGGCAGGGACAAAAUCCGAAAUCAGAUGGCAGUGAUUCAUCACCGCAGCUUAACAACGGUUCAAUGGUGUAUGUUGGUGCCUAUGAUCAGAGUGAAAUGUCAAGCUCCACUUGUAUCCAUAUAUGGGAAUCCAAAAUCCUUCUCACUAUCACAACUGCUAUGUGGUUCUUGCGUCACCUUUUCCAAUUCUAA